GGCGCGGUGAAAACGCGCCCCGCGGGUGGCGGUGCGGGACAGGUGGAGAUGAAAUUCCCGGGUUCCGUCCUUGUCUCUCUCGUCCUCUUCGUGGCCGAGACGGUGGCCGCGUUGUGCCUGAGCGGGGCGUACCACGCUGCGGGGGACCGCAUGUGGCAGUGGCUGACGCUGCUCUUCGCCCUCCUGCCCUGCGCGCUGGUGCAGCUCAGCUUGGUCUUCAUCCAUCGCGACGUCAGCCGUGACCGCCCGCUGGUGCUGCUGCUGCACCUCCUGCAGCUGGGGCCCCUCGUCAGGUGUGUGGAAGUCUUUUACAUUUACUUCCACGCUGGCAGAGUUGAGGAACCCUAUGUCAGCAUUACAAAGAAGAGGCAGAUGCCCAAGGAUGGAUACUCAGAAGAAAUUGAGAAAGAAGUGGGCCAGGCCGAAGGCAAGCUGUGCACGCACAGGUCUGCGUUCAGCAGGGCGUCUGUGAUUCAGGCGUUCCUCGGCUCAGCGCCCCAGCUCACGCUCCAGCUCUACAUCUGUGUCCUGCAGCAGGAGAUCACGGCUGCCAGAAGUAUUUUUAUGGUCCUUUCUCUCCUGUCAAUUGUAUAUGGUGCCUUACGCUGCAACAUCCUGGCUAUUAAGAUUAAAUAUGAUGAUUAUGAUGUCAGCGUGAAACCGGUUGCCUACCUCUGCAUAUUCAUGUGGCGAAGCUUUGAGAUUGCUACACGGGUUACAGUGCUGGUCCUUUUCAGUUCUGUACUCCAAAUCUGGAUUCUCCCUGUUGUCCUAGUGAAUUUCUUUGGAUUUUUCUUCUACCCAUGGAUUCUCUUCUGGCAAAGCAAGUCUCCAUUUCCGGAGAACAUAGAGAAGGCAUUGAGCAGGGUUGGCACUACCAUCGUCUUGUGCCUUCUCACCUUCCUGUAUGCUGGCAUUAACAUGUUCUGCUGGUCUGCAGUGCAGGUGAAGCUCAAUGAUCCUGACUUAAUUAACAAAUCCCAAAACUGGUACCGCCUGACUGUGUAUUACAUGCUGCGGUUCAUCGAGAACGCCUUCCUCCUGCUGAUGUGGUACAUCUAUAAAACCGAUAUCUACUUGUAUGUCUGCGCCCCCUUGUUAGUCUUGCAGCUCCUGAUAAGCUACUGCAUGGCUAUCCUCUUCAUGUUGGUGUUCUACCAGUUCUGCCAUCCGUGCAAAAAGCUUUUCUCAUCCAGCAUAUCUGAAGGUUUGCUGUCGUGUUUCAAAUUUCUCUGCUUUGUUUGCAAGCCUCCCAAAUCCACCAUACUGAUGGACAAGGCAGAGGUGAAAUCUCCUGAACAUACUGAUGAAGCCUGGGGCAGUAGCAAGACAAUAGAUUCUCAAAAGGGGAAUCCUCAUCAGAGUGUUUCUUCCAAUGCCUAGUACAACUGGAGGCGAGUAGGUGCCUUUGGAAGGUGGCAGAUCACCUGCUGGAAACGUUGUGUAUCUUGGAUGUUGUGUCUUAUGGAUGGGUUUUUUUCCUUCUUGCAGGUGUAGCACUGCAUGACAACUGACAAGCAUACCUUUGUGGAAAACUUAGUGUAAGAGUAUGCCUAUCUCUGUGUGUGUUUGUGUAAGGAGAGCGGUCAUUUUUUGUAGACUUCUGUUUCGGAGUUUAUUAUCCUGUGCUUGUUUUGAAAUCAUCUUUCAAAAACUAGCCUGAUGCUCAUCUUACUCAGGAAAUCUGAGCAUGGAAGGAAAUGCAUUUUGUUUCAGAUAGGAUGUCAUAAUGGCAUGCCACCCUUAGCAUGGAAACAGACCACAGAACUUCACUAGUAUAGACUGUUGCUCUGGUCUGCUCUGAUCAAACUGCAGACUUUUUUUUUCCCACUCUAAUCAGUGUAAUGAAAUAAUACUUCUCUCUGUGGUAUAAGAAUUGGACUUCUACAAUGCACUGUACUCUAGGUUGCCAAGAAACAGCCAAUUAGCCACUAUUAAUACUGAACUGUGACUGUUACUGAAGACAGAGAGGUUGGUUGGUUAUUGGCUUUGCACUGUUUUACCCUCCAUAUUUGCUGCUUGUUAGUAAGGGAAUUAAAUUCAACACAUGAAUUGUGAUGUUCUGGCAUAGCUCAUUUUUCUGACAUGAUCAUUUAUCUGAUAAUUUGU